AUUAAUUGGGAUUGUCAUGAAAGUUGAUCUCGUGUACGGUAGCAUUUGUCCUGUGGCAUGGAUGUCCAUUGCAGGCGGUCAAACAGAAAGGGGGAGACGAGGAGAGUCAUGUCAGGUUGCUUUCUCCUCGCACCAACGGGCAAGUAAAAGGCAGCUUUGCUUUCGUCCCCCAGCUUGGCCCAAGUCACCGCGAUGGAGAUGGAGAGACCAAGAAGCAGGCAUCCGCUAGUUGACGCCCUAACCAAGUCAUCCCGGUCUUUGUCGUUGAACUCGACAACCCUCUCUCUUUCUCUCGUUUUCAUCUCCCUUUUUGUUCCCACUUGGCUUUCUCACCGAUCCCAACGAUGCCUGCCUUGUAAUUCUGUCUGUAUAUUCUUAGAAAGUUCCCCAAUCACAGACCCAUAUAAAGCCGUACUGAAAUCGAUUCAGAUAUAUACAGAUUUGUUUCUACUUACCGUCCAUAGAAAUGGCGGGUCUCUGGAGAGGGGGUUUGCCGGCGGCUCUUGUGCUGGGUUUGCUUGUUGUUGGCUGCUUAUCCAAUUUGGGUUCCGGCAAUGUUGUGUUCGAAGUGAAGCACAAAUUUGGGGGGAGUGCAGGGUCGGUGGCUGGUUUGGGGGCACGUAAGGCCCACGACGGCCGCCGCCAUGGCAGACUUCUCGCCGCCGUUGAUCUCCCCUUGGGUGGCAACGGCAGUCCUACUGAUGUCGCGCUCUACUAUACUAAGAUCGGGAUUGGGACUCCUUCAAAAGACUAUUACGUGCAGGUUGAUACGGGAAGUGAUCUAAUGUGGGUGAACUGUAUUGGCUGUGACAAUUGUCCCAAAAAGAGUGACAUCGGUGUAGAUCUAAUACUUUAUGAUCCGAAGAGCUCCAGUACUGGAGCACUGGUCACUUGCGACCAAGAUUUCUGCUCUGAGCUAUCCAACCCUUCCGAUUGCAGAGUUGGAGCAGUCUGUGCAUAUGGUAUUUCUUAUGGAGAUGGGAGCUCAAGUGUAGGAUACUUUGUCAAUGAUAACAUACAAUUGGAUCGAGCUUCUGGAAACCUUCAAACUACUCCCAUGAAUGGUAGCAUAACUUUCGGAUGUGGAGUUAAACAAUCAGGGCUGCUAAGCACAUCUACCCAAGCAGUUGAUGGACUCCUUGGUUUUGGACAAGCGAAGUAUUCCAUGAUAUCACAGCUAGCAUUGAAUCGAAAGGUGAAAAAAAUGUUUUCACAUUGUUUAGAAGGUAAUGAUGGAGGUGGAAUCUUUGCCAUUGGACAGUUGGUUCAGCCAAAAUUAUUAAAUACAACAUCAAUUAUCCCAAACCAAACGCAUUACAAUGUCAUGUUGAAGACAAUUGAGGUGGGCGGUGCUGCCCUGCAACUUCCCAAAGAUGUACUAGAUCCUGAUUUGGGGAAGAACGUGAUAAUUGAUAGUGGUACAACCUUGGCUUAUCUUGAAGAGCAAUUGUAUAACCCAUUAAUCCAGAAGAUAAUUGCAGCACAACCUAGUUUGAAAUUGCAAACUGUUGAGCAGCAGUUCACAUGCUUUCAGUUCAAUGGAGAUGUUGACAAAGGAUUUCCAACUGUCACUUUUCAAUUUAACAAUUCCCUCUCACUGGAUGUUUAUCCUCAUGAAUAUUUGUUUCAAAUUCAUGGUGGCAUGUGGUGUUUUGGUUGGCAGAAAAGUGGAAACCAAAUGAAAGAUGGAAACUUACUUAAUCUUUUGGGAGAUAUGGUGCUGUCAGAUAAGCUAGUUUUGUACGAUCUGGAAAAUCAGAGUAUUGGAUGGACCGCAUACAACUGCUCUUCGAGCAUCAAAGUGAAGGAUGAACAAUCUGGAGCAGAGUACGAGGUUGGCCACCAUGAUCUUUCUUCAGCUCACAGUCUCAACAUGGGAUGGGCCUUGACAAUAUCGUUGCUGCUGGCUUUCCUGCAUGGUUACCUGUGUUGAGUCAUUGGCCUGUUGUGUUUAUACAAGAAAAAUAAUGGUUUUGUUGAAAAACAUUCGAAAUCUUCCAAUAAAAUCUGGGUUUGUUGAUUUGGGAAA